AUGAUUACAUCGCAUCCAACUGAUAAGCAUUCAAGCCUGUCGGAGUUGUCCCUCUCCUACAAUGGAGGCAAGGACUGUCUAGUCCUCCUCAUCCUCUAUCUCGCUGCCCUACACGCACACUCAAUCAAAACCUCGACGCCAUUACCACACACUUUGGAAUCCGUCUAUAUCGUCUCGCCACAUCCGUUCCUCGAAGUCGAGGACUUUGUACAGCUCUCCAUCGAUACCUAUCAUCUGGAUCUGGCACGUUACGCCAAAUCUAUGCGACAGGCCUUUGGCGAUUACCUGCAUGAUAAUUCCAAAGUCAAAGCAAUCUUUGUGGGGACGCGGAGGACGGAUCCUCAUGGCGCUACACUAAAGUACUUUGACCCUACAGAUCGAGGAUGGCCCGCCUUUAUGAGGAUACAUCCGGUCAUCGAUUGGCAUUACGCCGAAGUGUGGACUUUCAUACGACAUCUAGACAUACCCUAUUGCUCUCUAUACGAUAAAGGAUACACCUCACUGGGAGGAACCACAGAUACACACCCCAAUCCCGUCCUGAAAGCAAGCUCGGACAAAAAUUCAUAUCGACCUGCUUACGAGUUGGUGCAGGAUGAAGAAGAGAGAUUGGGUAGAGAUGGAUGA